GGACUCUCUUCUCCUUUUCGGUCUCUCUUUCUCUCUGAUUUCCAUAUUACUACGACAACCACUAUUGCUUUCUACCUAAUCCAAAUAAAUAACAUUAAAAAAAUUUUAUAUUAUAUAUAAAUUAGGAAAAAUUUAGAACAGAAGGGAAAAUGAGAGGAAAAAUAUUAGUAGUAUUUGGGUAAAUAAAUUAAGUACAUUUAUAGAGAGAGUGUAGUAGUUCUGGUUGGUGAUUGUUCUUUAUUGUCUCUAUCAAUCUUUCUUCAGAAAAAAAAAAGAAGAAAAACCCUAAGCUUAAAGAUUCACUUUUUAUUUGCUCUAAGCUUUUAGAUCUUGCCUCGAUUCGAGUUAACUCGCCGAUCUGCUGUGUCGACUCAAUGUCGAACGCUGUGCAUCCGCUGAGAGGUUGAAAUGCUAAGGAAUGCGUUUUUCUUUUCUUUUUUUGAUUGAUUGAUAAUUUCAAUGAUAAUCUACGAAAAUGUCGGCUUCGUUAGCGGCAUUCGAGCGGCCCAGAGGGGGAGCCUCAAAUACGGUUUUCAAGAGUGGCCCUCUUUUCAUAUCCUCAAAAGGCAUCGGUUGGAAGUCUUGGAAGAAGAGGUGGUUUAUCCUCACACGGACUUCCUUGGUGUUCUUCAAAAAUGAUCCUAGUGCCCUACCACAAAGGGGUGGUGAAGUUAAUUUGACUUUGGGGGGCAUUGACUUGAAUAAUUCUGGAAGUGUUGUUGUUAGAGAAGAUAAAAAAUUGUUGACUGUGUUGUUUCCUGAUGGACGUGAUGGACGGGCUUUUACUCUUAAGGCAGAGACGUCAGAGGAUUUGUAUGAGUGGAAGUCAGCCCUAGAACAUGCGCUUGCACAAGCGCCAAGUGCUGCACUCGUCAUGGGACACAAUGGGAUUUUCCGAAAUGACACAAGUGAUACAAUUGAAGGGUCAUUCCAUCAAUGGAGAGACAAACGCACUGUUAAAUCGUUGGUUGUUGGUAGACCAAUUUUGCUUGCACUUGAAGAUAUUGAUGGGAGCCCAUCAUUCCUAGAGAAAGCGCUGCGGUUUCUUGAGAAGUUUGGAACUAAAGUUGAGGGAAUUCUACGUCAGUCUGCAGAUGUUGAGGAGGUUGAUCACAGAGUUCAAGAAUAUGAACAGGGCAAGACUGAAUUUGGUUCUGAUGAGGAUGCUCAUGUUGUGGGAGACUGUGUUAAGCAUGUGCUAAGGGAGCUACCCUCAUCCCCGGUGCCUGCAUCCUGCUGCACUGCAUUGCUGGAGGCUUACAAAAUUGAUCGGAAGGAAGCGCGAAUCAGUGCAAUGCGCUCUGCGAUAUUAGAGACAUUUCCUGAACCAAACCGGCGUCUGUUACAAAGGAUUCUGAAGAUGAUGCAUACAAUUUCGUCCCAUGCUCAUGAGAAUCGAAUGACCCCAUCUGCUGUAGCUGCUUGCAUGGCACCCUUGCUUUUACGCCCCCUAUUAGCUGGUGAAUGUGAGUUGGAGGAUGACUUUGAUGUUAAUGGUGAUAAUUCUGCCCAGCUUCUUGCUGCUGCGAAUGCUGCUAAUAAUGCUCAAGCCAUCAUUACAACUCUUCUGGAGGAGUAUGAGAAUAUUUUUGAUGAUGAAAAUCUACAAAGAUGUUCUAUUUCAGCUGACUCUCGGGUUGAAAAUAGUGUUAGUGAAGAUUCGACUGAUGAUGAAAAUCCAGAUAUGAAAGACAAUGGUUACCAUGAUGCAGAAAAUGAAGCUGAUCCAGACACAGAUGAUGAUCCUGAACGUGUUCUCAGUGGGAAAUUAAGUGAAAGCAGUGGUUAUGCAGGCAGUGAUCUGUAUGAUUACAAGGUUCUUGGGGAUGAUGGUUCAGAUGUUGGAUCCCCUAGAGACAAUCAUACUCAAGUUGAGAGUUCAAGCUUAGCUGUAGGUCCUUUACAGAUGGGAGAUCCUGAUGCUCAGCUGGAGGAACAAGGUAAGCAAAAUAAAGGAAAUGAAAAUCCAAUUACUGAGAUAGAUGUUCCAAGUGUGCUACCUACUGGUGAAUCUUACCGAUCGAUGGGUGAGAUUCUUUCUUCAAUGGAUCCUAACCAUCCUAUAUCUAUGCCUGGAGUUGAAUCUUCCACUGAGAAGCUUGUUGGUAAAGCUAAAGGCUCCAGUCUUAAUGCAAAGAAACCAACAUUCUGGGGAAGAAGCAAUGCCAGAAAGACACCAUCGAUGGAAUCUGUUGAUUCUUCUGGCGAAGAAGAGCUUGCUAUACAGAGGCUUGAGAUUACAAAGAAUGAACUGCAACAUCGUAUCGCAAAAGAGACUAGAGGAAAUGCAAUUUUACAAGCUAGCUUGGAAAGAAGAAAACAAGCUUUGCAUGAACGUCGCCUGGCACUUGAACAAGAUGUCUCUAGAUUGCAAGAGCAGCUUCAAGCUGAACGAGAUCUUCGAGCAGCACUUGAAGUUGGAUUGAGCAUGUCAUCUGGACAAUUUUCUAGUUCCCGUGGAAUGGAUUCCAAGACGAGGGCCGAGCUUGAGGAGAUUGCUCUUGCCGAAGCUGAUGUGGCCAGAUUGAAGCAGAAAGUUGCAGAACUCCAUCAUCAGUUGAAUCAGCAAAGGCAGCAUCACUAUGGUUCUCUCUCUGAUGCAUGUGACCGUUAUCAACAUGUUCAAAAUCAUAACUCUCAACAGAGGUUUCUUCAGCAAGAUUUUGACACAACCCUUGCUUUUUGUAAUCAUGAGAGGAAACAAAGAACGGAGGAAAAUUUGUUAGGGGCGGAGUGGAGGAAUGUUAAAGGACAGGGGUUGGCAGUUGGCAACAGCAGCAGGCAGCCUAUUCGAAAGCAAUUUAUGGAUUCAACAAGCUUGAGUGACUCAAAAAGUACUGAAGCAUCAGCAAAUGUGGCCAUGGAUGAGCUUUGUGUGGUUGAUUCUGCCUCUAUCCCAUCCACGUCCAGAGCAGCAGAGGUGAUUGAUUAUCCACGACAUCCAUCAGCAGCUUCUUCUGCUUUGGUAGAAUUAACAACCCGUCUUGAUUUUUUCAAGGAAAGGCGUUCCCAACUAAUGGAGCAGCUCCACAACCUUGAUCUGAACUAUGGCACGUCUUCUCAGGAUUUUGUAUACAGACCAUCAUCGCCCCCGUGGAACUAACCAGAGAUGGAGGAACAAUGUUGUCUUGUUGUACAUCCUAAAUUGUUGCAUAUAAAUGUAUUUCUUGUAGUCUUGCUCGUUUCAAAUUUAUUUCUUCUUUUCUUUGCUUUUUUUGGGUUGUGAGAAGGUGAUUGGAGUUGUAACCAUGCUGUUUAUUUUUUGUCAGACAUUGUAAAGAUACCAGUAACAAUGCCAAUAGUAGGUGGAGCGUGGAGGUAUGUAUUUGUACGAAUGUCAUUGAGGAGAACUCGUUUCCCAUUUUGAGCACUAUUGUAUGAUCAUCUCUGCUAAUAUAUAAAGUGAAUGAGUGAGUUGCUGUUGCGCUAA